UGGUUGCACGCACGCUCGGGGGUGACGGGUGCGUCUAUGUUCACGAGGACGAUGGAGGUUUCGUGCGCCUUGCUGGCGAUCGAGUGAGACGCGCCAUUCGUUGAACCGUGUCGCGUCGUCGUCGUUGUCCGUGUACCAAAUUGUUCGUGAUAAAGAGUGGCACGAACGGACAAGGGCAGCGCAUAAAAGAAGGAACCCUCGCGAGCGCAACGGGGUGACAAAAUGUCGAUGUAUCACUGUUUAUUGUGAACGAGUCGAGGAAACGAGGCAGAAAGGCAGAGGGAGAGAGACAAACAGAGAAAGAGAGUAAAUAAGGGGGUUAAUCACGGUUGCGAUACCUCUCUCUCUAUCUCUCUCUCUCUCUCUCUCGGAUUGUUGAGGGGCAAGGAAAAAAGUGAGAGAAAGAAAAGGAAAAGGGAGUGAUAUUUCCUCGGGAUAGAACGAAGGUGCGAGAGACAUACACCAUGGCAAGGACCGAUCAUCAACCGAUAAUGCGACGUAAUUCGUAACCGGAACUGGGGGCUGCCCCGAAUACGGAGUCGCCUUGAGACGGCGAGCGAAGAAGCGACCCGGUAACCCGCGGAGAGAUGUACGCCGCGGCGGGUGGUGCGAGUAUCGCCAAUCGGAGGAAGCAGAAGCGGCUGCAGCUCAACAAGCAGGUGCCGGUCAACGUCGUUCCGUCAAGACUGAAGACCGGCUUACCGCCUGGCGCGCGUCACCAACAACACUACCAGCAUCACCAGCAUCAGCACCAGCACCAACACCAGCAUCAGCAUCACCACCAGUACCAUCAGCACCACCACCAUCACCAUCACCAUCCGACCAAGCUCGCCGCCUGUCCGCAUCAAGUCGCAUCAGCACAGCAAGCCCCGCGAGCGCAAAACCAGGCACUGACGUCGACGUCGUCGUCAUCCGCCGCAUUCCACCCGGUCAUCGACGAUCGGCGCCGUCACACCGACCGUCACAAGUCCCAGCAGGUCGCCCCAGUCUCACCGAUCCAAUUCCCGAUCUCACCGCCUCCGCUCUCCCUCGAAUCCUCGGCAUCCGCCACCACCUUCCCGGCCAACAAGUCCAGCAAUUUUCCCUUCCCGCCACCCUCGAUCCUCGAUCUCCGAGUCUCGCCUCCUACUUCGGAGCUACAGUGCGGCGGUCAGGGACCUGGCGGCAAGGCGGCGUGGCAAGGAUGCAGCAGACCUUCGCCCCUUCCCUUAUCUCCCACAUCGCCUGGAUACAGAACGAAGCAAUGCGAAGCACAUCGACGAUGGAUGAAAAGAAACAGGAUAAGAGACGCCAGUUACUGCUACGGAAGCAGCGGCGAGGACGACGACGAAGAUGACAGCAGUAACGCCAUUCAUCAGCGAGGCGAGGUCAGUGCGGCGGUCAACACCGUGCUCUACGUCGGUUUGGGGACCACCGCGCUCGGUUUAGUUAUCUCAUUCGUCGGCACCGGGGAGAAGGGCUUCCUGAGCCCGCAGCUGAGGCUGGUCGGCCCGUCGUUACUGUGCGCCGGUUUGCUGUGCUGUCUGUUCCGCGUGUUGCUGUGCCUCUGCCUAUGCCACUGUGGUCAGUGUCGCUGGCGAUUCUGUCAAGUCGCCUCGCACAAGGAGAAGGCGAGGAAAGCGGACACGCAACCGGGACCGGGAACGUUAUCGACCGCCUCGCUAUUGCCGCCGUCGAUGCACCAAGAACGGGAACGUCCAGUCGCGCCCACGAGCCGCUCCAUGUCGCCGGCGACGAAGGGACACGAGCUCUUGCUUUCACCUGCCCAAUUACCGGAGUAAAAGACAACGUGAUUCGCGCGCCCACGAACAUUUUCUACGAAUGAAUUCUAUAUACCAUACGCCGAUUUACUGCCGGUUCACGCCCGAUUGCUCGAUCC